UGCUCUCCCUGCCUCACUCUGCAAUCAAAUCCAACAAAGAAGCGAAGCCAAUUCUCUAAAUAUUUGAUACUGCUAACGCUCUCGGUUUGAAAUCCAAGCAUUUCUCUCUGCAAUCAGUUUCGUUUCAAGUCGUUUUGUUUUUGAUACAAAGCUGAGAUAUUUGUUAGGUAGUGAAAACUCUUAAGAAAUGGAUCCGGGAAAAUUUACCCAUAAGACGAAUGAGGCUCUUGCUUCGGCUCAUGAGCUGGCAAUCAGUGCUGGCCAUGCCCAGAUAACACCUCUGCAUCUUGCUGUUGCUCUGAUUUCGGACCCUGGUGCAAUCUUUAGCCAGGCAAUCUCCAAUGCUGGUGGUGAAUCUGCCUCGCAGGCAGCACAAAGAGUAUUCAAUAAUGCCAUGAAAAAGCUUCCAUCUCAGUCUCCUCCUCCUGAUGAAGUUCCACCAAGUACUAGUCUUAUUAAAGUGAUAAGGCGUGCCCAAGCAUCACAAAAGGCACAAGGUGACUCCCAUUUAGCAGUUGAUCAGCUCAUCUUAGGUCUCCUUGAGGAUUCCCAAAUUGGGGACUUGUUAAAAGAAUCGGGAAUAGCUGCUGCAAAAGUAAAAUCUGAGGUUCAGAAACUUCGGGGAAAAGAAGGGAGAAAGGUGGAGAGUGCUUCUGGAGAUAGUACAUUUCAAGCCUUGAAGACUUAUGGGAGAGAUCUUGUGGAACAAGCUGGAAAGCUUGACCCUGUCAUUGGAAGAGAUGAAGAGAUAAGGAGAGUUGUUAGGAUUUUAUCACGGAGAACCAAGAAUAAUCCAGUUCUUAUUGGCGAGCCUGGAGUUGGUAAAACUGCUGUUGUUGAAGGUUUGGCUCAAAGGAUCGUGAGAGGAGACGUGCCAAAUAACCUUGCUGAUGUGAGGCUUAUUGCAUUGGAUAUGGGUGCUUUAGUUGCUGGUGCAAAAUAUAGAGGAGAAUUUGAGGAGCGAUUGAAGGCUGUAUUGAAGGAAGUGGAAGAGGCUGAAGGGAAAGUGAUACUAUUUAUUGAUGAAAUACAUCUUGUUCUUGGAGCUGGUCGAACAGAGGGGUCUAUGGAUGCUGCUAACCUUUUCAAGCCCAUGCUUGCUAGAGGGCAGCUCAGGUGCAUUGGUGCAACAACACUAGAAGAAUACAGGAAGUAUGUGGAGAAAGAUGCUGCAUUUGAGAGAAGGUUCCAGCAAGUUUACGUUGCAGAACCUAGUGUUAACGACACAAUCAACAUUCUUCGAGGUUUGAAAGAGAAGUAUGAGGGUCACCAUGGUGUUCGAAUUCUAGAUCGAGCUCUCGUAGUUGCUGCACAGUUGUCAAGUCGAUACAUUACUGGCCGUCAUCUGCCUGAUAAGGCAAUUGAUUUAGUUGAUGAAGCCUGUGCAAAUGUAAGAGUCCAACUUGACAGUCAACCUGAAGAAAUUGAUAAUCUGGAAAGGAAGAAAAUCCAACUUGAAGUGGAACUCCAUGCGCUUGAGAAGGAGAAGGACAAAGUUAGCAAAGCUCGACUUGCUGAGGUGGUAAAAGAACUUGAUGACUUGAGAGACAAGCUUCAACCUCUGAUGAUGAAAUACAAAAAAGAGAAGGAGAGGAUAGAUGAAAUCAGGCGUCUCAAGCAGAAGAAAGAGGAGAUACAGUUUGCAAUACAAGAGGCAGAAAGAAGAUAUGAUUUAGCUAGAGUUGCUGAUUUGCGAUAUGGGGCAUUGGAGGAAGUUGAUGCUGGCAUAGCUCGGCUUGAAGGAAGCACAGAUGAGAACUUGAUGCUGACAGAGACAGUUAAACCAGAACAUAUCGCUGAAGUUGUGAGCCGAUGGACUGGCAUUCCUGUUACAAGGCUUGGUCAAAAUGAGAAAGAGAGGCUAAUUGGGCUUGCAGAGAGGUUGCAUCAAAGAGUGGUGGGGCAAGACCAGGCAGUUGAUGCUGUUGCAGAGGCUGUGCUUAGAUCAAGGGCUGGCUUGGGAAGGCCACAGCAACCAACUGGUUCAUUCCUUUUCUUGGGUCCAACUGGUGUUGGUAAAACUGAGCUUGCUAAGGCCUUAGCUGAACAACUUUUUGACGAUGAGAAUCAGUUGGUGAGAAUUGACAUGUCCGAGUAUAUGGAGCAACACUCUGUCGCUCGACUAAUUGGUGCUCCUCCUGGGUAUGUGGGACAUGAGGAAGGUGGGCAGCUUACGGAGGCUGUGAGACGAAGACCUUACAGUGUUGUCCUGUUUGAUGAAGUGGAAAAAGCUCACCUUUCUGUGUUUAAUACUCUCCUACAAGUUCUGGAUGAUGGACGGCUGACUGAUGGCCAAGGUCGCACUGUAGACUUUAGGAACACAGUAAUUAUAAUGACUUCCAACCUCGGAGCAGAGCAUCUGCUAUCGGGAUUGAUGGGCAAAUGUUCAAUGCAAGUCGCUCGAGAUCGUGUUAUGCAAGAGGUGAGGAGGCAUUUCAGGCCAGAGUUGCUAAAUCGGCUUGAUGAGAUUGUGGUGUUUGACCCACUUUCUCAUGACCAAUUGAUAAAAGUUGCCAGGUUACAAAUGAAGGAUGUAGCAGUCCGUCUUGCUGAGAGGGGAAUUGCAUUGGCAGUGACUGAUGCUGCAUUAGAUUACAUAUUAGCAGAGAGUUAUGAUCCUGUAUAUGGUGCUCGACCAAUCAGAAGAUGGCUUGAGAAGAAGGUGGUUACAGAGCUGUCAAGAAUGCUCGUAAGAGAGGAGAUUGAUGAAAAUUCAACCGUCUACAUAGAUGCAGGGUCAAAAGGAAAUGACUUGGUUUAUACAGUGGAAAAGAAUGGAGGACUGGUUAAUGCAGCCACAGGACAGAAGGCAGAGGUGUUGAUUCAGAUACCUAGUGUCCCAAGGAAUGAUGCAGCACAGGCAGUAAAGAAGAUGAAGAUUGAAGAAAUCAUCGACGAUGAUGAAGAGAUGAUGGAGUAAAUGACAAUCGGGGAUCGUACAAAAAAUAAGUUGUUUUUUUGCUGUAUUAUCUUCGUCUAGAGACGUUAGUAAGGUAGGGGGAAGAUUCCCUCUGCUGUUUAAUAGCAAGUGUUAAUUACUGGUGGAUCUGUGUUCUGAUUUUGAACCCUGAAUGUAAAUGUGAACGUAUUUGAACAUAUUUUUUCCAAUUUUUUCUUUUUCAA